CUUUUAGUAAACGGUUUUAUAUAUUAGUAUCAUAAUGAUCUGGACACUGGUAACUCUGCUGAUCUUUCUUCAGUUUGCUGGGGGCAAGUUUACACCUCACUCAGGAGGGUAUCAUUUCAGUUGCCCAGAGAAUAUCACAGUACUAGAAGGUGAUCCAGUGACUCUACAGUAUCGUCUGGAUCGGCCCAAGGACUUAUCUGCAGGCACAGUGGAAGUGACGAGAUCAGACCUCAAUGUCUCUGACAAUGUGGUCCACCUCUAUCGAAGUAGAGGGGACGAUCCUGUUCCACAGAUGGCUCAAUACAGAAAGAGAACCACUCUGGACCAUCCAGACCUGAUGAGAGGAAUCGUGACGCUGCAGAUCUCCUCAGUGAAUCUGUCUGACAGCGGACCUUACCAAGCCUUUGUGUUAAAUCCCAAAGCCCAGCUGAGAGCCUCUUGUACUACAGAGCUAAUUGUUGGUAAGCAUGCAGAGUUUAUCCCCGCCAUAUCUUUUAUUUUUAUUAUUUUUUCUUUAUUUCUUUUCCAUUUAUUUUAAUUUUAUUUUUAAACA